CCCCCAGCCUGAAGCUGAGGACUUCAAAGCUGGCAACACCGUCAUACAAUCAACAGACAGCUCACAGCUCACAGCUCACCGGAUCUGGUGGAAUUCCAUUCGAGUCAUUGGCACAUAUUUCCUUUGCUCACCAUAUACUCCAUUGUCUUACAUGGACAGGCCUGGUGUGCCCAGCAUGGCCAUCGCAGACUCACCGCCGCUGCCUUCGUUAUCGAGUCUCUUCCCUCAUCUUCAUUCCAAUGCGGCAACUAUCCCCUCUUCCACUGAUCCCUUCACUAUCACCACGACUACUGGCUUCCUACCUUGCCGCCCACCCAUGCAUCGUCUGCCAGCACAGUUUGACGCAAUGUCCAACAUACUUGACGACAUGCCCAUUGUGAAGGAUGAUGGCUCUCCUGGCUUGCUUGCUAGGUAUCAACUGGGACCCUUGAUCGACUCGGGCGCGCUGCCAGAUCUGACCUCGCACAUGGACGAUUUGCGUGUCGAUGUCGAUAACGGAGCCGAAAAGCGAUAUGAUCUUGAAGCCAUCACCGCUCUCUUUCGCGACUAUAGCUUCCUUGCAAGUGCUUAUCUGCUGGAGCCUUGUUGGGAAGCCUGGUCCAAGAACAACAGUGCAGGGUAUGGGCUUGGUAGAGCUGUUUUGCCUCGUUGCAUUGCGGCACCGUUAGUCAAGGCUGCCGAUAUUCUCGACAUCCCACCUUUCAUGUCAUAUGCUGCAUCAUACGCGCUUUACAACUACAGCCUCGUCAACCCCAAUCUUGGUGCCGGGGUCUACGAGAACUUAAGACUUAUCCGGGCGUUCGAACACGGUCUUGAUCCCAAAAGCUCCGAAGCUGGGUUCAUCCUCACUCACAUCCACAUGGUCCAGGAGACAGGACCAUUGAUCCAAGGCGCCACGAAUCUCUUGGCUACCAUCGACAAAGCUCCGGAGGAUACCCGUGCUGCGAUAUCCGCGUUCCAGACAAUGCUAGCCUCGAUGAAGCGGAUCGAAGAGCACAUGGAGCAGAUGUGGACACAUUCUCUACCGAAGGAUUACAUCUCCUACCGAACAUUCAUCUUCGGUAUUACCUCGCAGUCCAUGUUUCCCAACGGCGUCAUUUACCAAGGUACAAAAUACGGAGUUUCCAAGCCGCUGUACUUCCGAGGAGAAUCGGGGGCCAAUGACAGCAUCAUACCCUUGCUCGACCACUUGCUCGAGAUUCCAAUGCCCAGCAAUCCGCUCUCAGACAUUCUGCGAGACUUCAGACAAUAUCGCCCGAAGCCUCACAGGGAGUUCCUGGCUUGGGUCAUGAGCAAGAGCGCAGAAGUCGGUGUCAGGGAAUAUUGCACUGGCCACGACGUGGCGAGUUCUGUUGCCGGAUCCUCACCUCAUGACUGUGACUCCGACUCCGACUCCGACUCCGACUCCAUGCUUCUUUCUGUCAUGUACCUCAAACUCCUGGAACAUGUCCGCAGCUUCCGCUGGCGCCACUGGCUUUUCGCCAGGGAGUACAUCAUCAAGCGCACUCCUCAUCCGACGGCGACAGGCGGUAGUCCGAUCAUUACGUGGUUGCCUAACCAGCUUUUCGCCGUCAUGGAUCUCAUGGAGUCGGUGUACAAGGACAGUGGUCUCAAGAGGCUGGUCGAGGAAGGAAAUGUUGAUGGUCGUCCGGAGGUGAAGGUCGUCAAGGAAUUGAUGGAGAAUGCUAUUAUGCAACGGGAGAGACUGGACAAGGAGGUCAAGAAGUUCUGCUCGGAGAGGGCACCUCUUCCAACGUAGUGGCAUAUUGAAGGCGGACUACAGGUGUACAACAUGUAUACGGACAUCAUGUUGUUUCUUGUGGUUGUGAUAGACGCCUACACUUGUUCCACUGGUCAUUGUAGUCUAGGGAGGCGUCCUACCCAACAUUGUUCGACCAGUCACUGCAAUCCAGGACCGCAUCACCCUAAUGUGAAGAAUACCAAAAUUUUGAAUGAG